CAUCUAUCUAUAAUCAAAUAAAGACUACAAAAGCUUUGUAAAUUUUAGUGACUAUUCUGACUUUAAAUUUGAAUGUGAUUCUUCAAAAUGACACGAAUUAUUUCCCUGAUUUUAGAGAUGUAUCGUUAAAGGAAUAUAUUUGAUGUGAAGUUCGUUUUAAUAUGAGUGAUUUAAUAGAUACCUCGGAAAAUAAUGUGGGAGUUGCCCCACUUCCUCCUGCAAGAAAGAGGACCAAACCUACUGUGAUAAGACCGGCCUCUAAAACUCAAGAUGCUGCAUCCGCCCAGCAAGCACCUCCUCCAAGGCCUGCUCCACCUGCACCUCCUGGGGCCAGACCUCCUCCCCCAGCCGUACACAGACCUCCUCCCCCACCUACACAACGACCAAGUACAGAGGCUCAGAUUAACAAACCUGGGAAUGAUCAGCAGUCGCUGAAUACGAGAAAUUCUGUCAAUGGUUCGACCAGUCCAGCCGUUACAAAGUCUGGUUCAGUUAAAAAAAAGCUUGAAAUAACAAUAGUCGAUGCAAGGCCUAUGAGUGAAGCCGGGUUUAGAGACAUGAAAGGUGGUCUCACAUCACCGUCACUAUCGACAGGAAAUGAGAAAAGCAUACCUAAACCAGAAGUGACCGGAAUGGAAGAACAAGAAGGACCCCCAAAACCAAGUCGUGUCUCGAUAAUUAGACCAGCUGUAAAGCCCAAUGAGAUUAUCCCACCACCUAAACCAUCCAGGCCAGAAGUGGGGCUCUCUACUCAAGAGGUGGCACCCUCUACUCAACAGGAGCAUUCAGAAUCGCUGACCAGUAAAGAAAAUGAUGUUCCACCAAGGCCUAUGAGGCCAACCAUCAUAAGACCCCAGUCCCAGUUACACAAGUCAACAGAUCAAAAGCCUUCUGAACAACCCCCUAUGGUCCCUCAAAGUCGACCCAAAGCUUCACAAAUAUCCACUGAUACGAUUGAUCCGCCGAAACUUAGUCCAAGUCCUAGACCGAGAAGCACAGUUUUCUCUUCCAUUGAGUCAAAUAAAUCUAGCUCUUCAGUAGAAACUAAAAGUGCUCCUGUGCCGUCACCACGUCCUACACCUAGAGUUUCCAAAGAUGUUGCCUCAAAGCCUGAGAUCAGCACAGACACAAGACUAGAAUCGUCACAGAAAACUGAUUCGUCCACAUUUGGUUUACAAGAGAAACCUCAGACUAUUAAACCACCUCUGCCAGAACCUCCGCAGCGUCCCAAGAGACCUUCAGCUCAGCCUAAACCAAACCCGACCCCUAAACAAGACGAUGACUUUAAUGAUGUUGGCCCUCUAUAUGCUAAAAUUGUAAAGCCUUCUAAAAAAUCUACUAGCGAUGAAUCACCUGUUAAUGAGGUCAACGACAUUACAUCUGAACUGGGGUCACAUUUCCAGGUCAAGUUACGCUCAACAACCUCUGUAGAAGAAGCAAGUCCCACUGAAUCUGCUAAUAAAGAUUCAUCAAAUCAAAGACACUCACAGGCCAUGGGUUUACCAAAACCUGUCCCCAAACCUAAACCUUUAAGCAGAUCUGACUCUGGAAAAGCCAAAAUUCCAGAAGCUGAGUCAGUACCAGAAGAUGUAUUUAAUGAGAAAAACAGUGAAGCAGUGCUUAGACCUAAAUCAAAUGUGCCUACUCAAGCAGCCAACAAUGAUGAAAUCAAACCUGGGCACAUAUCAGAACAUUUUUUGUCUAAAUUUGAGCAUACCGGAAGCUUGGAUGAUUCCCAACUACCUUCUGAGAAGUAUGUUCCACCACUUCCAGUUAAGAGACCAGUCACUUUUAUCGGUGCACCACAGAGGAAUAAAGUGACAGACUCUUGCACUGACUGCACUGAUCAUUGUAACAAUAAAACAGGUGAAGAUGUUAAGAUGGCACCAGAGAUUAAAGAUCACACUCAAGAGAAACCAAUGCCUGUUGCCAUCACGUCAAAAGGGGCAUCUACUCCUCAAGGGAAUAGUUCUGAUAUGAAAAAACCUGCAAGGCCAAGUAGACCCUCACCACCUUCUGGCGGAGGAUCACCACAACCCCUGCACCUAGGACCAAGUGUUGAUCCAACUCUCAAGCAGCAGCCAAGUCUGUCUGAGGAGGUCAAGCCUCGGAGACCUAGUGGGCCUUCACCGCUGCUACCACCAGCUGGGGGUCAACGUCCUGAAGAGAAAGAGAAAGAUAUUGCAAGUAACAUUCAAGAAAAACCUGGCACAUUGUCUGCUUCCAAAGCUGCCAAACCAGUUGUGUUACCUAGGCGACCAGGACCUGGCCAUCCUCUGUAUCACUAUAUGUCCAAAGAGCCCCAUGGCAUAGCUGUCCAUGGCUAUACUGCCCGCCAGGAGGAUGAACUCAGCUUUAAGGUUGGUGACACAGUUCUUUUAGUGAGAAAAGAAGAUGAGCAUUGGCUGGUUGGCAAGUUUGGCGGCAAGGAAGGACUUUUCCCUGCCAACUAUGUGCAAGUCAAAUGUCCACUUCCAGAGGAGAAUUCAACAUCUGGGCUUGCCCAGUCAAUUGUUGGAAAUGACAUUGGAGCUUGUGCCCCGACUAACUCAGUCAAAGGUCCAAGAUGUAAAGCAAGAUUUGAUUUUGACGGUGAAGGGGACGGUGACCUUGCCCUUGAAGACGGCGAUGUGGUGCAAAUCAUAGAAAGAGUAGGGACAGAGUGGUUGAGGGGUGAGAAGAAAGGUCGCAGGGGUAUCUUUCCUGUUUCCUUUGUUGAAAUCAUUGAGGAUCUGCCGAGCAACGAAGCCUUGUCCAUGCCAGUCACGGCCAUCGCUGAUUUCAAUGGACAAGAAGGGGAACUCUCUUUCUCAUCUGGUGAUACGAUAAAUGUCUUGAGUCAAGUCAACAAUGAAUGGUUGCAAGGAGAGUUCCAAGGAAAGAAAGGAAGAUUCCCAGCAUCCUUUGUCAGUCACAUUCCUAUCAAUUUGCCUGAAUACAGACCAUACAAAAAGCCUCAAACCAAAGCAUCUGGAGUAACAUCUACAAUCCAAGGGAAGCAACUUGAUUUGAUACCUCAGGAGCAGACGUUUGACCAGCAACCACAAGAAGCUGAUGAGCUAAUCACUGAUGGGCCAGUGUUAGUGCAGCGUUCUAAAGAAACUGUUAAAGGUUAUUGCCGAGGAAGAUUUGAUUACCUUGACCCUCCCCUGGGUGACCUAGGCUUCAAGGCUGGUGACAGGAUUGAGAUUCUAGAGUUUUAUGGUGAGGACUGGGCUCGAGGACGUCUGGGCAAGAAGGAAGGAAUGAUUCCACUCAAUCUGGUGGCCGAGGAAAUCAUAGAACCAGACAUUAUUAUUGAACCAGAAGUGAAAAUAGAGUACGGGAAAGUCAUCCAUGAUUUCCAAGGAGAAACAGAGAAUGACUUGUCACUCAAGGAAGGUGAUGUGAUAGAGAUGGAGGAAAUAGCAGACACCAAAGGCAACUGGAGGUGGGGACGUCUGAAUGGAAAGAGGGGAAUGUUUCCUGUCAUAUUUGUAGAACUCUUGCUUAAGUAGAGUUUAGCAAAAUCUAUAUUUGUAGAACUCUUGCCUAAGUAGAGUUUAGCAAAAUCUAUAUUGUAGAACUCUUGCCUAAGUAGAGUUUAGCAAAGUCUAUAUUUGUAGAAGUCUCGCCUAAGUAGAGUUUAGCAAAGUCCAGCAGAUGUAGCUAUUUCCCCUGAACACCAAGAGCUGUGACUAACCCUUUGCCCAGCCUGACCUAGAUAAAUUGUAAAUAUAAGUAGAUGCUUUUGUACAUAGCUAACACUUUUAAUAUUUGUACAUCGCAUAAAACAUACGCAUAGCUUUUGUUGAAAUUGCUUAUUAGAGCAAUAAUAUAUUUAUAUUUGUUAACUUAUGUUGAAACUGUCAUUUGUUAUUUAUAAUAAUAGCUGCCCUUGCAACUGGUUAAUUCUAUAAAAAUCUUGUAACUUGUAACAAAAUAAAUAUUUUUCUGGGUUACUGUGAGAUAUGGGUGUGUAACAUUGGAACUUGUUUUGUAAUGAACUUUAUUUUUAUGUUUUUAUAAAAUUGUUUAUACACAUAUACAUAUAUGCAUAAACGAAGGCAGCUGGCAGAAGAUGGCCUCUGAAAGAGACAGGUGGAAAGAUCUCACAAAGGUCACAAAGACGGGUGUGGUGCAGAGGAUGGCUUUGUCUGCAUAAGAUGUCUCACAGCUUGGUUUGCAUGUCAAGUGAAUUACUGUACUCUGUCUUAAUCUUUGGAAUCCAAGACAACGCCUUAACAUGUUUAUAUAUAUUAUAUAAAUUUACAUAGUCAUAUUAUGUAAUAUUUAUUCAUAAACAUAACCAUUGUGUACAGUUAGAGAAGUAGAGUUGAGGUAUUAGAUACCAAUUAAUUAAGGGUUUGGGAAUUCUUAAGUUAACUGAGCAUUAAAGCAAUUAAUUAUUUUAUGCUAUUGGUUAAUGAGACUAUCUAUACAUGUACUAUCUAUACUUACUGGGUAGAAUGCUUCUAGUAACAAUAUUUCUCUUUAUUUGACUUUCUUUGUAGAACCUGUUGUUUUUUUUAAAUUAACGUAACUUCUGAUGACCUUCACCUUUCAGUAUUAUUGAUUUGUUGACGCACUCUCAUUGUUUCAUCUUGAUGCUCAAUAAAUUCUUUGAUGUAAGAUUUAUUUUUUUUACACUGAAAUUGUGUUUCUAUGGGACACGUCACAAUUUAUUGCAGACAAUGAAUCAAGCACAAUCGGUUAUCAACUGUUAUUUACUGAACUAUCACAUGCACUCAUUCCCACCAACACUUUAUGCUCCAGCUUUACGUCUAGUGUUGACUUAUUGCUUUACAUUCUCUCAUUAGAUCAAAGAUAGAAGAAAUCCAUGAGAUGGAUUCAGGUUUAUGUUUUAUUGUUAAUUGAUUGGUCUCCUUUAAAAUGGGUGGUCAAAGGAAUUUCUUUUCAUUGGGAUAAAGUAAAAGUGCCCCUUGUAUACCUUGCAAUCUAUGGAGGAAGAUGUUUCUAUAGCCGACAGUUAAUGAGGGUGUCAUGUGGCCAGCACACCGACCAACGGCCUUUACUUCCCCAACGUGUGUCAGGUAGAGUUAUCUCCUUUCCUAAUAUCUAAGAAGACACAAAACCACAGUGCAAAGCACCCUGGGUAAGCGGUCAUCAUUGUUACAUAAUGAACAAACUGUAUAUAAUAAUUGCUCUGUGACAUUAUUGUCUGCAACAAUUGUGAUUUUCCAGUUUCUUUGAUUUUGGAAAUAUUUUACAACACACUUUACAUCACCUUACAAUUUGAAUAUUUUAUCUAUACAUUUAUUUGAGUUUUGACUUUCUGCAUAUGAACUUACAACUAAAUUUGUUUGUAUUCAUCUGUACUGCAAUAUUUCUUUACAC